AUGGAGGGGUUUCAUAUCGAGAGAGUGGAGUGGCUGGCGAUCUUGGUGAACAUGAGUGACGUUAUGCAUAACGUUGACAUGUCAAAAACGGAGGCCCAGAACACCGAGCUGGAGGAAAGAGAGUUCGAGCCGUUGCCGCACAAUGAUUUUGCACUGGAGAAUCUGCAGGAGCAGCUGGGGAUCAGGGAGAACUUCCUUGGGGAAAUUGUGGAGGGGAGAAGUCGUCAGUCUGAGUGCGUUCCCGCUGCAAGAACGGUGCUUUCAUUUGGUGUCGAGUGAGACCCGAAUGGUGAAGAAGAUCGGGGAGCUGAUUGAGCUCGCGAACAAAACUUGGAAGAUGAGUGGAAGGAAAGGAAGAUGCACAGGUGUAACGCCCUGCGCUCGCGACGAUAGAUAGAGAGCGAGAUGUCUACGGCACGAUGCCUUGGGGCGUAGCAGGGCUGGACUCGUAGCGCGAGCCUGCCGCAGAGGUGAGUGGACAGCCACCUCUGAGACUGGGAUUCCGGGUGCGUAGCCUUUGUAAGAGCUAGCGUCUAAGCGCACCCGUACCCCGCUGGGUACUGUAAGUACUUCAUGGGCCUACCGCCGAGCGAAAAGCCCCACUGCAGCACAGCAGUCAUCCUGGUCUAUCUGACCCGGAGGUGUGUAGGGCGCAGCGCAACUGUCGUCGCCUGACAGGGACGACACCGGGCGGAGAGUGCGGAUUGCCGCACCCGUUCGGGUUUUGUAAAUAAAGGCAGCAUGCUGCGUUGGGAUCCGGGGAACCCGGGGAGAUGCA